GCCGCCCGCCAUGGCUCGCGCCGCCCGGCUCCUCCUCGCCGCGCUGGCCGCGCUCCUCGCCGCCGCCGCCGCCGCCGCCGAGGGCGGAGACGCCCCGCCCGGCAGAAUCGCCGUGGUGGGGGCCGGCAUCGGGGGCUCCGCCGUGGCCCACUUCCUGCAGCAGCACUUCGGACCCCGCGUGCAGAUCGACGUGUACGAGAAGGGGGUGGUGGGCGGCCGCCUGGCCACCAUCUCCGUCAACAAGCAGCACUACGAGAGCGGCACGGCCUCCUUCCACUCGCUGAGCCUGCACAUGCAGGACUUCCUCAAGCUGCUGGGGCUGCGGCCGCGCCGGGACGUGGUGGGCCGGAGCGCCAUCUUCGGCGGGGAGCACCUGGUGCUGGAGGAGACCGACUGGUACCUGCUGAACCUCUUCCGGCUCUGGUGGCACUACGGCAUCAGCUUCCUGCGGCUGCAGAUGUGGGUGGAGGAGGUCAUGGAGAAGUUCAUGAGGAUCUACAAGUACCAGGCGCACGGCUUCGCGUUCUCGGGCGUGGAGGAGCUGCUCCAGUCGCUGGGCGAGGCGGCCUUCCUCAACAUGACCCAGCGCUCCGUGGCCGAGGCCCUGCUGCAGGUGGGCGUCACGCAGCGCUUCAUCGACGACGUCGUCUCCGCCGUCCUGCGGGCCAGCGACGGCCAGUCGGCCGCCAUGCCCGCCUUCGCCGGGGCCAUGUCGCUGGCCGGGGCCCAGGGCAGCCUGUGGGCGGUGGAAGGGGGCAACAAGCUGGUGUGCUCCGGCUUGCUCAAGCUCAGCAAGGCCCACGUGAUCCACGCCACCGUGACCUCGGUGGCCCUGCACAGCACUGAGGGGAGAGCCCUGUACCAAGUGCGCCACGAGAGCGACGCGGGCCCCGGCUCCGACUUCUACGACAUCGUGGUCCUCGCCGCGCCGCUGCCCCCGGACGACAGCAGCGGCCGCUUCGCCUUCGAGGGCUUCGCCCCGCCCGUCGAGGACGUCCGGGGCUCCUUCCAGCCCACCGUGGUCUCCCUGGUCCACGGCUACCUCAACUCCUCCUACUUCGGCUUCCCCGACCCCAAGCUGUUCCCCUUCGCCAGCAUCCUCACCACCGACUUCCCCGGCUUCUUCUGCACGCUGGACAACGUCUGUCCCGUCAACGUCUCGGCCAGCUUCCGGCGGAAGCAGCCCCAGGAGGCGGCGGUGUGGAGGGUGCAGUCCCCCGCGCCCCUGCUCCGGGCCCAGCUGAAGACCCUCUUCCGCUCCUACUACUCCGUGCAGACGGCCGAGUGGCAGGCGCACCCCGUCUACGGCUCCCGCCGCGGCUUCCCCCGGUUCGCGCUCCACGACCAGCUCUUCUACCUCAACGCCCUGGAGUGGGCGGCCAGCUCCGCGGAGGUCAUGGCCGUCGCCGCCAAGAACGUGGCCCUGCUGGCCUACAACCGCUGGUACCAGGACCUGGACAAGGUCGACCAGAAGGACCUGAUGCACAAGGUCAAGACCGAGCUGUGAGCGCGCGGGGCCGCGCCAGCACGGAGCCUCCCCUCGGGCGGCCCGGGGCGCCGGGCCCCACCCCGCCCUCCACGCAGCGCCGCGCGCAGCAGCUCGCCCUCCCGGCUGCCCGGGCC